AUGUUCUCUGGGAAGACAACAGAGCUGAUGCGGCGGCUGCGGCGCUACCAGCUGGCUAAACACCGAUGCCUCGUGGUCAAGUACGCCAACGACCUCAGGUACGACAACAGUGCCCUGGCCACACACGACAAGCAGGUGUUGCCGGCUGUGUCCGCCACCCGACUGCAGGAGCUGGAGGAGGCGGCCAACAGCUAUUCUAUCAUUGGCAUUGAUGAGGGACAAUUUCGUCAGGGCUUCGGCAACAUCCUACAAUUGGUUCCCCUGGCAGAGAGUGUGGUGAAGCUCAGUGCUGUGUGCAUGGUGUGUUUCCAGGAGGGUCACUAUACCAAGAGGACCUCCACGGAAACUGCGCUGGAGGUGAUAGGGGGCAGUGACAAAUAUAUCGCCACCUGUCGCACCUGUUACUUCCACACGUCACCCCUGCCGUCACCUGAAAAGAGACCACUCCUGUCACCCCACCAGCAGCUGCCUCUCAAGACUAUACAGCACACCCUGACACACCCUGGUACACCCUGCCACACCACUAGCAGCCCUCACCCUGCCCCUCUCUCUGCCCUGCACCUUAUAUUGCUGUAG